UCACCACCGUCACUUACAGAGCUGGUGGAAAGAUGGCGGCCGGUUCAGGGGCUGCAAGCGGCCACGGAGCCCGUGGUUCUACCGCUGCUCUGGAAGCGUCUUUAGACAGGAAGUUUCAAGGAGUAUCCAACACUAUGGAGUCGAUACAGGGACUUUCCAGCUGGUGCAUUGAAAACAAGAAGAGCCACAGCCUUAUCGUUCGCCACUGGAUGAAGUGGCUCAAGAAAUCUGACAACAAUCAUCGCUUGAACCUUUUCUACCUUGCCAACGAUGUCAUACAAAACUGCAAAAGAAAGAACGCCAUUGUCUUUCGUUCGGCCUUCGCAGAGGUCCUUCCCAAUGCUGUUCAGCUCAUAAAAGAUGGAAAGGUUCGGAGGUCAGUGGAGAGGAUCUUUACAAUUUGGGAGGAGAGGAGUGUGUAUCCUGGAGAGGUCAUCACUCAGCUUAAAGCCAGCAUGAACAAAAGGGAAAGGGAGCGAGAGAAGCAGAAGGAAAAAGCAAAAGAAAAGGAGAGGGAAAGAGAAAAGGAAAAGGAAAAGGAGAGGGAAAGGGAAAAGGAAAAGGAAAAAGAAAAAGAAAAGGAAAAGGAGACUCCACCUGCAAAUGCCAAGGCCAAAGCUGCACUCAAGUCCAAGAUAGUAGCAGAGUUUGCACCGCACUCCCUCAUUGAUCAGUUGUCCAGACAUAAGAGAGCAGUUGCAGAACAGGAUUUGAGGGAGAAGCAGCUGGCAGCUCUCAGGCUGGAUAUCUGCAGCACAGAGGCACUCAAGAGGCUUAAAGACAAGGCAGGAGGGAACAAGUUUGCAAAGGACUUUGAGGAUGGCAGUUUAAAGCUACAGGAGUUUGUCGGCUUCCUGGAGAAAGAGUUGAAAACAGGACCUCCUCUGGUGGAAGCUUUGGGAAAUGCAGACAUUUUCUACGAGAUGCAGUACAAGGAGGUUAAAAUUGUGGCCAAUGCAUACAAUGCCUUUGCCAACCGUGUGGCCAGUCUUAAGAGGAAAUUGGAUUCUCUCAAGUCGAAUCUACCUGGACCUGAUGACUCCCCUAUCCCAUCUCCCUCUGAAGAUGCCCCCUCCCCAACUGGCUCUGACUCACCCUUCCUGGCACCGGGUGCUAGCAGAGCCCAGGUGGAUCCAGAACUGGAUGGCAAAGCCAUGGAUGAAGGAGAACCACUGAAUGACAAUAGAGACAUGGAGGACAUGGACAUGUCUGAUGAAGAGGCUGAUGCUGCCAGAGCAGGGGAUGCGAAGAAAGACAAAGUCCCCACUGCUGUUUCCAAGGCUACUAAGUCAGAAGCAGCAUCAAAGCCUCCAACAACACCUACAAAAGCUUCUAAGACGAGUGCUGCUACCACUGUUGCUACAGCAACUCCAGUGACUCCAACCUCAGCUUCUGCUCAAAGUGCUCCUGCCACUGCACUAGGGGUCAACCUGGCAAAGGUGGACUUGGGAAAGAUCAGCUCCAUUCUUAGCUCCCUCACAUCUGCCAUGAAGAAUACAGCAGCUAGUCCAUCACCUCGGCCCUCUCCUGGGACCCCCACCACCCCCUCUGGCCAAUCAUUGGCUUCUAAAGUGACCCCUCCUAGUCCUGCCCUGGCCAGCAUCCUGUCACGUGUUGACAUCACACCUGAAGGCAUACUAAGUGCUCUUUCGAAAACAAACACACCAGGUUUGUCCUCUCUCCUGCAAAAUGUGACAAACACAACUUCAGCUCCUCCCACCCGAACCUCCCCGGAAUCGUCAACAUUAAAAACCCCACCAACCCCAAACACCACAAAAACCAAACCCAGUCUGGCGAACAGCCUUAAACGAGAAACGUCUGGAAGAACCAGAGACUGGGAAAAAGAUAGACAGCUGUCGCCUCCUCCUCCACCUCCUUCUCGUCCCUCAGCUCCUAUUGUCUCUCCUCCCAGCCUAGAAUCAAAAAUCAACAGUUUCUUGCAGGGUAAUCCAGCUUUUAGUCUCGCUCUAGGUGAUGUCAGUCCUGAUGGGGUUGAAGGAACUCCAGUGAGAGAUGAGGCUGCUGGUACCCCGACCCAGGAUGAGAUCAUGGACACACCUGGGAGUGUUCCAGAAUCCAUGGGUUCUUCCGGAGGACAUAGCCUCUCACCGACAGCCUACCGCAAUGAACUCUGGGAUGCUGUGAUCACCCCAUCGGGAAGCAAUAGUGAUGGAGAGUUUCUGGGCUCCUCUUCUCGAUAUGGAGCUGGUAAGAAGAGUAGCACAAAAUUGAAGGAUGAUAAAGCAAUGAAUGUCAGGAGGCAGCAUUCCUCCUCCCCCAGUAAUGACACGAAAAGUAAGAAAGAUGGACAGCACAGCCAGAUAAGAAUGAUGGGCAUAAACAGAGGAAUGGGCGAGAGGAGACUCUCCAGUGGCUCUCGUAAAGCUAGCACUGGCUCAGAUGAUGGAUGUCUGAGUGCGAAAAGAGAAGACAAGAGCAAAGGUCAAGAGUCUCAUGCUGGGAAUGGGAAAGAGGGUCAGUACCAUCGUAUUGAGACUCUAGUGUCACCGUGUACUGAAGGCGCACCCAUUCAAACUCUAAGCUCCUCAAAUUGUCCUCUGGCUGGAGAGCCCAUCAAGACAGUCGAGAGCAUCCGUGUGAUUGGCCGAGGGUCUCGGCGCGGAGGAGGGGGUGGCGGACGGCCAGGUGGAGCGAUGUGGUAUGAAGAAGAGGAAUACAUGGAAGCUCAGCCUCUGUCACCUCUUCUUAACAUUGGCCAGGGAGGCUCAGAGGACAUGACCCGCUCCAUGCCGCCUCCUCACCCACAACAGCUCCCCCCUCAUCUGCCCCAUCCUCACCCACAUGCCCUUCCCUUACCUCCGUUUCAAAUGCCGUUCCACACGGAUAACAACCAAGCCCCUCCAUCCCACCUCCACCACCAUCAUCAUCAUCAUCAUCAUCCUCCUCCUACAUCCCCUUUCUUCAGCAGUCUGCCAAUCCCCCGCCCCCCUCCACCGCCCAUGCCUCUGCACCCUUCAUCCACCCACCCUGCUGUGCCCUCUGCAGUAAUGGUGGGAGGAGUGUUGGUCCCCGUUGAUCGUCCUCUAUCUCUUCCUCCCUCACUCAGACCUGAAGUUGCAGAACGAGGUGGAAUGGGGAACAGAGGAAACAAAAUGGCUCCUCCACCUCUCAUGACGUCACUGCUAGGCGAGCCCCCUAAGCUUCCCCGUCCUGGCACAGUUAAAGAGCAUUUUAUCCCACGCCAUGCACCCCCUCUCCACCGUCCAGGUACCCCUGGUGUUCCUCCACCUUUACUUGGCAGAGUAAAGGAGCCUCCAAAGCUACCUCUUCCACCCCCUUCUCCGUCAACCACAUCCUCCUCAACCUCUCCCUCCACACCUAAUUCCCCAGCAGUCGACACUGCCCCAGGUCACCUCUCUUCUCAGUCCACUGCGCCACCCCUCCAGAACCCCCCCACAAGUCCUCCACCUCAUUCCCGCAACCAAACCUCUAACCCCGUUCCCCUCCUCGCCUUGCCCACUCCUCGGCCCCCAGUGCUUUCCCAGAGACCUCUGCCACGAGGCCGAGCCCCGUCUCACCAGCAUAACCAAGAUCACCACAGGGGGGGGUUUCGAGGGGGCAAGCGACACGGUCCUCCAUUCACAGGUGUUCCUUUCCAUCAUGGGCAGAAGAGACCCUUCCUACCCCCACGCUACUGAAGUGGUCAUCUAUAACAAGCUGAACGAGAAGUGCAAGCCACACAACUAGCAGUGCAGUGUGUGUGUUAGCCCCACUGGUAUGAGCCCAGAUAUUUUUACCCUGUUAAUUAGCUUGAAUCAAAACUACCUUGAGUUGUGUGUAAAUAGCUGAUUAAAUCUUUUUGCUUCAGCUACUGUAGGUAGCUCAAUAGUCUUCUUAAGCUGUAAAGUGAGGAGUGUAGUAUAACAAGCCUCAAUUUGUCCCUUUUUCCGUAUUUCCAUAAACCACAGAAAAAAGGUUGCAUUAGUUCUCGUUCAAGAGUCACAUACAAACAUAUAGGAAUAACAUAGAUAGUUCAAUAAGUAAAUGAAACCAAACUCAGUUGGUCGACCUGUGUGAUUGAGUUACUUUAUGUCAGAUAGCAUGAGAGUGAAAAGAAACGAAGUGAUAGUUUGAAGUAAAAAUAUCUAAUUUUUUUUCUCUUUGAGAGUUGGAUGAGAGGAUCAGUCUGCUAAAAAUGGAGCUGCAACUACUAGCCUGGUAGCUUCGCUUAGCUUAGCAUAAAGACUGGGUAUGAUGAAACAUCUAGUCUGGUUCUGUCCACCUGUAAAAAAGAAUAAUAUACCAGCAUCUCUUAAGCUCAUUUCUCCUGAAAUCUAAAUAAAAACUCAUGUUUAAAGUUGACCUGGUUUUUCAGGGAGUAGUUUUGUGGCUGAGUGUUGAUGUUAUCACCAGACAGAUCAAGACUAGCUGUUCAUUUCAGUCUUAAUGCUAAGCUAACUGUCUCUUGUCUUCCGUUUCAUGUUCAAAAGCCACAUAUUUCUUCCUCGUAAGACCAAUAACCACAUUUUUAUGUCAAAAUAUUCAAAACAAAUUUAUGAAAGUUUCUCUCCCUCUCUCUCUUUCUCUCUGUCAUAGAAAGGAUAUUUCUUAUUUGAAGUAAUGGGUUUUGUGUUGCAGCUGAGGAUAACACUUCAUUUUUCUGGAGAACCUGCUGUAAAUAAUCAUCUUCUCUUGCUUAACCUUUUCGCCUCUCUGUUCCUCCUACUGUAUAUUUCUAAGCUUGUAAAUAUAAAACACUGAGAUGAUGCAGCUUUUACUCUUCAAGCUGUGGUUUCUGGUAAUGAGGACAAUGAUCAUGUCUCAUGUUCCCUGUCUUGAGGGCUUUGAAAAGCUUCAGCGCCAGAAUUUCUCUGCAGUGUCUGUUACACCUUUCUCUCCUCCUUUUUGAAACCACCAUGUUGAAGAGGAGGGUGAAGAUAAUUAUGUAUUGUUGUAUCUUUGUGCGCGCUUGAAGUUAGACUUCAGUCUCUUAAGAUACUUGGUAGAGGAUGGCAGCUGGGAGAGGCAUUCCAGUUUAAACCACACUCUUUUUCUAGGCUUCAACAUGUACUGACUUGAAUAAAAUCCACAGUUUCAAUUCAACUGGGGGGGAGGUAUUUUAUUUGGUCAUUAUAACUGGAACGGCGCUGUUAUUUAUUUGCGUUGUUAGGCUGUAUUUUCUUUGUGUUCAUAGAGUAAUUGUUUUAAUUUACUGACACAGCUGCUGCCAUUUUCAUACUGCAUUAACAUUUAACUUGUUUUCUUUGUGUAUUUUUCUUUUAGAUAGGUCUGGUCAUUUUCCUUUUUUUUUUUGCUAAAUUCAUGCUUUUGCCCCCAAUACCUAGUCCUCAGAUGGCCUUGUCCAAAAACAUUUGUGCACCUCUCAACACAUCUAGGGAUAAACAAUGGUCAGCACAAUGGCAGCAGCCCUCUAGUACAGGAUUUGUUUGCCAUAAUGCUGAUGUAGUAGUGAGAGGUGGAGUGUUUCUGUCAAAGCCUCAUAUCUACUGUGCUUGUCUAAUCAUAGUGUGUGUGUCGUCUCCGCCGCCAGUACACUUCAUUGAGACACACUUGAGCUUCUGCAGAUGUUCCCAUACACAUGUGUUGGAGCAGAUGCAUUGUAAAAACAUAUUCGCUACAGUGUUAGCACAACAUCUGAGUUGUAAUACUAAACAUGACACAAGUCUGUUACCACUCUCUGUAAAGUGUUUGUUUGUCGUCACCGCAGUCACAAAUAGCUAAUGAUCAAACCCCCCAAGUGUGGUGUGUUCAUCAGAAGCUAAAUUAACUGUUUAAUACAUUCAUACAAACCCAGCACCUUCCAAGUUCAACACUUCAAUUAUCCCUGUAAAUAACCUGUCUUCAUUUGUUUGACAGUUUUGAGUUUGAAAAUGACUGAAAAUGUGUAUCUGUGUACAUUUCAUAAGUUUAAUUGCUAUUACUGCUGUUCUCAUCAAUGAUGUUAUAUCACUGGUC